GCCCUGACGAGAGCCAUGUUGCCUGUACCGGAAGCAGAAUUUGCGCAACAUUUGCGCACACUAAACAUUGUGCCAUUGUCCCACCACGAUGGCCGUUCAGAUGACGAGAUGAUCAGAAUUUUAUGCAAUCCGCCUGCGGUCUUCUCGGAGAGAAAUGGGUGGAGUUUCUGGGAUGGAGGCUUUACCAACAUGCGACCGUGGUCACAAGGCAACGUUGUGGGAUGGGUGAGAUAACUGGAACCUGAGUGGACUGUACGAGUGCUGGAUCGUGUUGAUGGCUCGCCGUCCAACAUGUUCAACUCUUUAAACUGAAGUGAUGAGCCUGUGAGCCUGGCUGACGGGAGUAUGGUUGGACGCUUCUCUGGUCAACAUGCAUCUGACAUGGUUCGACUACCCUGCAUCGACACUCAUGGAGGGGUUUGGCUGGACGUUGGCAGCAUGCUAUUCAUGCACCUCGACCGAGUCUGU